ACCGCGAGAGCCGGUGCUACAUACUCUCACAAGGUGCAUCAUCGCACUGUUUUCAAAGACGCAGGAAAGGAUCUCUUGGAGGUGGAUACACUUGUCGACGUCUAUUGCCGGGAUCGAGGAGGGCUGGAUAUCUUGCACUCAGCGAACUGGGUCCACCGCGACAUCAGUUACGGCAACAUAUUGGUCGUCAAAGGGAAAGCCAAGAUCACUGAUCUCGAAUAUGCGAAGGAAACGUCCGACCUCGGUGCGCAUCAUGGUGUCCGGACGGGAACGCCAUACUUCAUGUCAGAAGAGGUCCGCGCAUCUCGUUACAACUACAUACCUGCCAAGCCGCGAAAUACCCGAUUUACGAAGACAAGUGUUGCGGACAGACUUCAGCGCACCAUGCGGGAUCAUGAGACGAUUCCCCCUCACGUGCAGACAUCCCAGCAGGAGAGUGGACCACGCACUGUCCCCAAGUCAGCUCCCAACGAAGCCGCCGAUCCUACUCUAUCGCUUCUAGAUACGACACGUCCGAACCGCAUCAUAUUUCGCCACAAUCCUUUACACGACUACGAAUCGGUCCUAUGGCUAUUACUCUUCGUUCUUCUCGUCUCCGAGUACGAGAACAGCGAGCUCAACGAAAGAGGAGAACGCAAGUACGAUGCUCAGACUUUCCAGGGCUUCAUGGAUGCACAGCGUGCCUUGGCCUGGAACCUCUUCUGCGAACCCGAUCAUCGAAUGGCGGUAAUGACGACCACAAAGUACUUGGCGGGGCAGACUGACAGCCUUCAUCCCACUGUUGCCAAGAUCAUCUGCGAGCUGGACUUUAUGUGCUCCGACUUGGUGGGCGCCUUCAAGGACGCGGAGAAGGACCUCAAGCCAGGGGUGGCCGAACCAAUCACGAUGGACUGGUCAGCUGUGAACGAACAGCUCAGCCAGAGCAUUACCACCAUUAUUUCUAUCCUUGAGCAGACGCCACUUCAUCUUCUCAAGGACAUCACGAAGAGGACGCGUAGACUGAUCAAGCCGAAGGGCGCCGGGAAUGAGGAGAUGGGGAGAGGAGUCGGAGACACUGCUGACGUCGACGGCGAUUCAGGCACAGACGAAGACCAGGACGGCCGACGAUCCAAGGUCCGGAGGGUCGGAGGAAGCAAGGAUGUGUCAUCUUCCUCGAGGGCUCAGCCUCCAAUCCCUUCACUUACGACGCUCAUUGCGGCUGACCACGGCUCCGAUUCUGAGCAGUGA